AUGUCUACCGUCACCGCGGAAGUCACCACUGCCACGCGGGUCAAUAUGGCAGGUGUGGCAAGGGCGCGAACGGUCGCUACUGGAACGAGGACAAGUGGCCGGCGCCCAGCGCCAAAUGCCCUUGCUGCCAGAGACCGCGAAAGUGCAACCACCGUCGAGCCACAGUCGCGACCCCCUGCCCCCAACAGGGAGCUGCCAGAUGUCCCAACCUCUCCAACCUCCAACGCCGACUAUGGGCGUGACUUUGAACCGGCCCCUCCGCGCCAACAUGCACCGACCCCGCGCCAUCCUGGUCCUGCUAGGUACACGUUUCCUCAUGCCAUCACCUACACGCCGUCCACUCCCCCAGCCCCACUCAUCCAGCCGCAGCCGCGGCGUACCCACCACCCACAGCUCUCCCCCGGUCUGCCUCCGGUAGGAGGCAGGAGUCCGCACCGUUCCGCCACACCGCGCGAAGACUGGGCCGCAGAGAGGAUCUUCCGCCUGGAGACGGGCCAACGCACCGCCGCUGCCAGUGGAGGAGCACCACGAAGUGCGCCGCCUCUCGUGACCGAUUUCCCCGAGCACGAGGAACUGCUCUGGAGUUCGACGUCGACCUCGGCGGUGGUGGACGACAACGAUUCGCCACGUCGUCGAAACCUGUCCGCGCCGACGAGCUCGAGGGACGACCCGCCGCCCCAGCUUCUGUUCCCUCUUCCCCCGCCGCGACCGGGAACGCCGCAUCCUUCAGUGCUCCAGACUGCAACGCGGACGGCGACACGGGCUGGGUCGACACAGUAUCUUGACCCUGUCACACCGAGUGUUACGCCGCUUCCGAUCCCGACCCCAGUGACCGGUGGGCAGACGGGAAUGAGGACGUCUGCCGACCCAACCGCCAAUGUCCUCGCACCACCCCCACCUGAGCAUAACCUCGUUCAUCUCGGUCCCAGGGUGGUUGCGGUCAACAGUCUUCUGGGGAACCUGAGGUCGAGAUGUGCCCUCCUAGGCCUGUCCAUUCACGAGAUCCUCAGCGGUUUGCAAACUAUGCCCAUCACCGACCGCGAGUUUCAAUCGAUGUCGGGUCCGGUCAGUCAACUAGAGAACGCGGUGCGCCAGGCCGUCCCGGCCAUCCACUCCGCAGUUGCUCUAUACCAGACUGCCGCCGACGUCCACCAACAUCCUGUCCCCAGUACGCUCCAGGAGAAUAUGAAUCGGUUAGCUGGUCUCGUAUCGGCCUUCCCUGCUCCGUCUCCGUCUCAACCUCUGCCCACGCCGUCCCCCACCGCUGCCAACAGCCGAGCAGUCUCGCCCGCCGCCGCGCCAACUGCCGCCGCGCCGUCUGGGCACGUCUUCUCGCCCCUCAUGGACCAUGCGCCACCAGUAACAUCGCGGCCGACCGCCGCGGCCAGUGAGACGCGCCCCACCCUGUCCCAGCCGUCCUCGACGGUGCUCAGCAUGCUGGGCCUGGACGGCGACGACCAGGUCACCGCCUCGUUCCGGCGCGCAUUCAUGGACCAGCACCGGUGUAUCUCUCCCCUCGCAGUUCCCGCCCCGCUCAACCUUGCAGGCUACCGCGUCCUGAGCGUCGCGGUGCUGCGUCUCCUCGCUCAGACCUUUGAUUUCACCGUCCCGCAGCAGUUCACCGUCCCGCUCCUCAACAUCAUCGAGGCCGGUCUGGCCGCGUCCCGCAGGGAGCGCCGCAUCUUCCAGCGGGCGCUCGAGCAGCAUCUGUACACGAACAUUUUGCGUCCUCGCGACCCGCGAGCAGAAAUGCCCCGCUUUCACUGGGACGUGGCCGUGUGGUGUGCCUCCACGCUCCUGGCCGCGCCGCUGGGAAGCUGGGCUACACUCGAUUUCGGGGAUAUCAUGACGAGGCACUGGCGGUCGCUGCGACAAGGGCUCGUGUGGUCGCGGACAGACCAGGAUCUGGCCGACUGGGCGGCGUGGGCGACGUAG